AUGAUGAGACCUGCAUGUGCAUACCCUUCUGUUCUCCAACCUGCACUGCAAAAUGGUCCAGAUAUGUACAAUGAACGAGAUGCUUACAGCUUCGGUAUUCUUGGCAAUCAACCCCCAUCUUCCGUUCAAACAAUGUCAUCCAAUCCCAAUCUAUACUCUCUCUCCAUCCCUGGCCAAAGCUGUCCUGGAACUUUGUUGGGUAGUGCGGGCACGCAGUCCUUUCAUCCCCACUCUUCUUCUUUUUCGAUCCCAUCGUAUUCACAAAUCCCUAUGCAACCCGCCUACUCUGCUCAAAUGACUCCUGAUCUCAUCCCUACGGGUCAAGCGCCAACCUCUUUUCAGACUCACCACCACCACCAGCAGCAGCAGCAGCAGCAGCAAUCGCAACAAUAUUCCACUAUCAUUAACCCUAACUCUGAUAAGCAGCUGAUCUCUCAGAAUUCCCGCUCCACUGGAUCCGUAGCAGGAGGCUACACUCGCAUCUCCUUACAUCCAGGCAUGUCCAUGGCAUCUCCAUCCUAUGGAUCAGGAGGAGCAGCUUUGUCUGGCCCCGUCACAAGUUCGACGACUUCCCUGGGGCAACAGCAUAUGCCAACAAGCAACACCACCCUUUCAGGAAAUGACAACCGAAGUGUAUCGCAGCCUCAAUUGCCUUGCCGGUCCACCGGAUCACGUGUUGCACCUGACCUUAGUGGUUUUCCCAGCCAGCCAUUGUAUUCAUCAUACUCUUCCGGAAUGUCCGUUACUCAGCCUGCUGCUGCUAAUUGCUCCUCAGGAGUAGCGAAUGUACAGGUUCCAUAUUCGAUCGCCAUUUUUAGUUCCACAAUCCCGGUCACAAUGUCUUCAGUAAUGAACAAGUCGAAUAUUUCCUCUGUGGCUUCUUACUGCUCAAAUGCAUCUGUUGCCUCGCAAAGCGUUCCUGGUUCUGGUCCUGCUACUCGCCCUCCCUGUUGUUCCACACUGACUUUGGGGAUGCAGCAGCCCUCCAUAUACGUUUCUCAACAAUCCAGGUUACAGAACCAGUCGACAAAUUUCGCACCUACCGGCUAUGUCAGUCAACAAUACACACCCUCUUCUGUUCAGUUCCGCCCGGGGACUAAUGUUGCCCCUGGAACCGUUCCAUCAGUGCCAAUGAUGUCACGCUCUCAAAACACAUCUUCUCCGCUGAUGAGUAAAGAUAUGUCUGGAUCGAAUUGCAUGACGAUGCAUCCUGGUCUGAUGCAACAACCAAUCCAAUCGAACCAACUCCCUGUCUGCUCAUCUGCUGCCUCAUCCGAUUCUCCAAACUCUUGCUCGGCAUAUCCAUCCUCCGUCAGCUGCAAGGGCUUUCGGGGCAACAUUGGUGAUUCAGCUGGACAAAUGUUUACCGUCUCUGGAUGCGGCGUUCCACCAAAUAUGUUUAGUUCCAGUGCCUCAGUCACUCCUCCUGGAAGUAUCAUCCUGAACGGGCCGACUCAGUCGAUGUGCCAACCGACACUCAUCGGUCAUGUGAACGGAUGUGUUCCCAUUGGAUCAGAAAACGAUAUGAAGAUUCUGCGCGGCGAAUUUGAUGGCAUCCCGGCAAAUUCCUCAUCCAUGAUGAUGAUGACGAUGCCCGUCUCUUCUCCCAUCCCCGGAGGAGCGCUCAUCAAUAACAGUCUAUCUGCUGGGGUGAUGAACGUUGCAAUGGUCAACCCGACUCCCGCUCCGCCGCCGUACCAUCACCCCAACACUCUUGUUAACUGUCGCUCCUUGGGUCCAUCUCCUUUCUACGGUCCUCCUGGAAUGACUUCAAUGACCGUGACCGGUGGCAUGCACAACAAUGCAAACUCCCUGUCAUCCUUACCCGAUGGUUGUAACAUGAUGUCUGGCGGUUCGAUAAGCACGGAACACCACUUUCUUGGUAUACCUGGAGAACCCGUAACGAUCUCCGAAGCGAAUUUAAAGCAGUCACAGUCAGGUUCUCUGAAAGCGGCUGUUCGACCCAAACGAACCAGAGCCAGUAAAAACACUCCUGGAACCGGACGUGCGAGCAAAGCGAAUGCCAAGAAAAAUGCCGCAGCAGCAGCGGCAGCAGCAUCUACCACACCACCCUCAAACGUUCUGCAAAGUAUCACACCCACUUCGGACCCAUACACAAUGGGCAAUAUCCGCAUGUCUGUUCAGCCUCCUCAGGCUACUUGUGUAAGACAGAAGAUGCCAGGCCCUGGGUGGAAUGUGUACCCUUCCAAUCUCAUGAGCGGCUUUCCCUCUGGUUUGGCCUCUCCGCCGCUGUCGAUGCCUGUUUGCGAUGGGCGCACCGGCUCUGUUUCUCCUGCCUCGUUUGCAUCCUCGAACGGGAUGCUAAUGCGACCGAACUCGGGCCCUCCUGUAAACAUGGCUUUCAGCACUACUCCUCAUGGCAGUGACCAACUAAUGCCCACUGGACCUGUGGACAAUGCUGGACGAAUUCUUUCUUCACCUCGCCUCCACUCUUCAAUCCCCAGUCAACAACAGCAGUACUUGAAUACCACUAUAACGACUACAGGCCAAAUUCCAAAUGGAUCGUUGUUCGUGGGUCAUUCACAUCAGUCAUCUCAGCCACCGUGCCUAUCGUCUGCAGCUGCAAUGGCUCCCAUCUGUCAAAGCCAGCAGCUUCCUGGUCAUCCAGGUUGCGGUCAUGGACAGAGCAUACGUUUAGUCCAGUCGCCGAUGCAUUUCCAGCCACAACACUCUGGGUCCACGCAAUCACUCCUCCAGGCCCCGAAUCGGAUCCCGUCACAAGCGCCACCGCGCACCACCACUCCAGUCGGACCAAGUGGUGGAUCUUUUCCUAGUGAGCCAACUUGUGCUGUUGAACGCCUCUCUGGGCCACCUUAUUCUAGCCUGAGCUCCGCUGCUGGCACAGCCUCUACAGAAAUGCCCAUCACCUGUUCCACUUUGGAUACUGAUCGUCUUGUCUGCCCUAUUACAAACGGUAUGGUGUGGGGGCCUACUCAAAUCCAACUGAAUGAUGUCCUGCACAAAUUUCUACCCGAUGGUGUGUUUGUCCUUCGGUUUGAGUUCGAUCUCACGGCGAACCACCUAAACACUAUUGUGGGUCGCAGCGAUCUGGAUAUCGUCGUUUGCAGCCAUCUGAUAUCCGAACCUUUACAGGUUUGUCAUUGGCCUUCGGAUGCUGUACAGAUUCGUUUCAACGACUACCUUCUCCGUCUGGACCGAAGCACAGUCAGUGGAGGUCAAUCGGCCCACAAAGUGGCAUGUGUAAAACAGCUCUGUCGACCUGGGCGCAAUCAGCUUGAAAUAGCCAUACUUGGCCUUGGUGAAGACCCGAACCAUUUGUCAACCAUGAACAAGCGACACUCAAUGGCCACUACUCUAGAGGCGCACCGCUUCGCCGCCUUCAUGGCUCAUAUGCCAGCCUUGAAUGUGCUACUGGAUGGACUCAAACGGCGGAGACCUGCAGGAGUCAGCGUUCUUUGCGACAUCCUGGAAGGCCGCAUCGCAUCUCGCGUUGCACCCGAUGCGCAAAAUUCACAACCACGUAAUACCCCUGUAGUAGCAGAACUCAACCUUGUCUGCCCUGUUUUUCGCACACGUAUGAACGUACCUGGCCGUAUUACCGGAUGUGAACACGUUGAGGCGUUUGAUAUGGAGGCCUUCCUUCGAAGAGAGGUGUUGUGGCCCAGGCUUAAUUGUCCCAUUUGUGGGCACAAAAGUCCAGCUGGAUUGGAUGGUUUGUGCAUCGACACCACCAUAACGAAUGCCUUGCGUUUAGUACAUCCCGCCAUCGAAAGCAUCUUGGUUCGAUCAGAUGGCUUUUGGCGGUUACCACCUCCAAUAUGCCUGGACUUACCCCUGGAUGUUGACCAGUGGCAGCCUCUGAUCGGGCCAUUGACGGAGAUCGUCACAAAUGCGCUGAGUUCGGGCGCCAUUAUUCGAAGUUGUGGACAGCGGCUGUCACUUUCGGCCCCUUCGACCAACCAAACCGCUUCUGAUUGGGUCGUUGCAGGCGUUUUUAGAGGCCACCGCCAACCAGUUGCGCCUUCAGGUAGCCAAGUCAAAACAACCUCAUCUAACGAUCCUCCUGUCACCACUGGAAAGGAGGACUCUUCGCCGUGGGUCACGGACGCUCCUACUUCACCCCCUGUUCCCGACAAUGGCAUGUACUCUCUAUCAGAUUCUUCCCAAUCCGACGGUAUAUCUGGAUCCAAGGCACUCAGGGGACUUCGACCGGCGUCUCAGCCAACUGAAUGGCCUGGUUCCCAAGUUUCGUCGGACAUCGUUCCAUCCUCACGAAACACGAAGCCAGCGGCAGUUCGAAGGAGUAUCCACUCCCUCCUACCAGAUUCCCAAAUCACCGAACAGACGUCGUCUUCCAAAGAGAAUUUGCAUGCCGGUUACCUCAAUCACGAACCCUCCCCACUUUCAACCGAUCUGUCAGAUGCAACUCGUAACGUCGGACAAACAGAUGGCUAUUCCAGUCAGUUGAUGCCAUGUUUCUCGGACCGAUCAACAAUGGUUACUCGAUCGUCCUACACAGGAUGGUCUGACCCCACCACUUGCGCCACAUCGGCCGACUCCCCCAGGUGCUUCGGAAGCGCGUUGCUACCUUGCAGUAGCUCCUCGCUACCCACUUCCCCAUCGUUUGGACCUCGAUCCACUUCCAUUAGCCUUGCAACUCCAGCCGCAUCAGGAAUCAGUGCGAACGCGACCGAGCGUGUGUUGUUUUCCAACAUAAAUUGUGAACUACCAUCCGUUGUCGUACACUCGGAUAGUGCUAUAAGAUAUGAGUACAGCGUGGCCGCUACACCAAAAGACGUCUCCGGUCUUGGUGGACACAGUCCUUCAUCCAAUUUAUCUUCAACUACAGUCUCAACGACGUCGUCUGCGGGAUUUCGCUUUUCGUCGGAGGAAAAAAAGACUGGCAGUGUUUCUUGGAACGGUGAUGGCUCGUGUUGCCAGAAGAUGCCCGCUUCUGAUGUCACCAUUGACACCGUCAGCACAUCAACUGCACAGCCCUCUGAGUAUGUUUAUAACAAAAAGCAGACAUCGUCCUUAAAUAUGGGUUUAGAUUUUUUGCUUGCGGAAGAACAGUCCAUGACCGAUCACAUAUCGGUUCGUAACUUUCAUGAACAUAACUCAUCUCCUCAAACGGGUGCCAUCAAAACGUCAGUUGGUGGUCAGCUUCCCUCUACCGCCUCAGCUGCUCUCGCAAAUGGCACUCCCCAUGCCAUAGAUUCCAGGCCUCUGAAGCGUGGUUUCAGAAAUUCACUUUAUAGCGGUGACUCCGCGUCCAACCAGACGGUCGCCACUGGCUAUGGUAAUGGUUGCGAGAGCACCAUGCAAGUCGGCCGAGAUCUGGAAACCCGCCUCGUUGAAAGUGCUUCCUCUGCCUCCCCGUCUAG